AUGGCAAAAACAGCAAGAAGACAACUCGGAUUGCCUGCUAUUUGGAGGAUAUUUGCUGAGCUGAACAAACCUAAACGUACAGUAUCGAAGAUGGACUUAACAUCGAUGCAGGUAAGCAUGUUUCAGCUAUGUUUUUAAACUAGGAAUUAUCUUGAAUGAAUAAUAAAGCAAUUAAUGAAUUCGGCUUUCGUAGGAUAUGAAGAAGUAAGCAGAUCUCGGAGGGUGUUAUCCACCUCGGCCUUCGGCCUUUGUAGAUAACACUCUCCUCGAUCUGCUUAAUUCUUCAUAUCCUACUCAGCCUCAUUCAUUAAUUGCUAAUUAUUUUCUGCUAAAAUCAUCUUUUCUGUUUCAUGCCUGCAGAAAGUUAAUCGUGAGAUCGUGACUUUUCGUAGUUACAGAAAGUUGAUAACGUGACUAUUUACGUCUGACAAAAAGUGAAGGAGUCCCAUCUAUUUAUAACACAUCACAAUGCUUUAGAUCAGAAAAACUGUUCUUAUCCCAAUCGAAGCUGAGAACUUUCUCAUAUCUCUCAAAUCAUGCAAUCUAUGCAUGCAUUUUGAUGUUUUCAUAUCGAGGAAUAGGUUUAUUUGAUGUUAUCUCAGGUGACAGAAAUGAUUCUAUGCUAGAAUUUUUCCAUGCCAUUUUCCAUAACUUGAGCAGUCCUCUGACUGACGCAAAUUUCCCUCCGUACAUAAGCCCCUCCGAAUAUUAGCCCGUCAAAAAGGGCCUUUGAAAAAUAUAAGCCCCGGGCUUAUUUUCGGAAUUUUACGGUAUCUGCAAGCAGACAACUAACUAAUCUGUAGAUUGCGCACUCAAUGCAUGAUUUCCAAGAGCAAGGUCAAAUCAGUUCCGUGCGACGAUGUAUUUGUCGUUCUUUGUUUCAAAACAAUGUACAAUAAAAUGAUUAUUAGAUUCGUUGGGUGAUAUCCGGAAUAAUCAAGGUCUCGGUAAGUGUAUCGGUCUUGGGCUCAGCUGAUAACAGUUACCUCGACCUUGAUUUUUUCCGGAUAUCACAAUAACCUCAUCCAAUAAUUGUUUAUUAUACUCAUUUCCAUAUGUUUUUACAGAGUAUGUGUGCGAGAAUCACGUGGCGAAUAUCCGCUGCGAUGCCGACAAUUCUGUUGUCCAUAUCAUUAAUGUCAAGGUCGGGCAGCUCGCAAAUUUUGACUGUGGCAAUGGGAAUGGAAGUUUACUCAACAGGAAUGAUCAGUGUCAGGCUACCAGAGAAGAGAAAGACUGUCUGGCUUGCGCCUUUAUGAAGAGCUGCGAUGGAAAAGCCGAUUGCAGCAUUCAUGUGGCUCAUGAUACUUACCUCGGCUUUUAUCUUCCGUGCAGAAACCUGAGAAUCAACAUACCUUUUGUGGUUUUAUACGACUGCAUAGAAGGUACGUUAACGUUAGCGUGCUACAUUAUACACGUUAUCGACCUAACGCACUCAAAUUUCUGUUUAGAGUAGAUACUUUGUUUAAAUUUAAAUGAACGUAAACUUUUCAGUUUCUUGGACUCUACAAAGUAGCUUUUGGCAAACAUGAUCCAAACCACGAAAUGUAGCGAAGAAGAUUAAGUUAUGGUUUAACCUUAUAGGGGACUUGUGCUCUAUUGUUUUUCCACCUUGUAUAUGCAGCUUUUUCGAGAAAGGUUGUCGGAAAAAAUGUGCACGCGAUAAUCCCGAAAGAUAAUAUGGGAUAUGAUCAAUACACUGUUGCUGACACUGUAGCUGUCGAACCUACUUUUGUUGCUUUCCUUUAGCACUCGCAAACAUACGUCCAUGGCCUCUCGUUCCAUUCAUUCAAAUGAGUGAACUCAAAACCACCCACAAUACCUUUCGGGAUUGUUGCUUGCACUUUUGUCUGACAACCUUUUUCGAAAUAGCUGUAUAAAUGUUAUGUACACUUAAUCAGUAAAAAAAUAAAAAAAAUUUAAAAAAUAAAUAUUUUAGUUUGUUAGUUGUGGAAUGCGCACGCGCGAUUAACUAGUACGCAAGAAAGGUUCUCUCGCCGACUUGCAAUGAUCUCUCACGAGCAAUGGAGAGAGGUGUAGUGAUGAUGUUGGUCUGAGCUGAUUGCUUUACGGCCUUCAAUACGGCCAGCUAAACUACACUCAUUGGAUUUCUCCGGCAGCUUUCUGAGAUGUUUGCUUUGUUAUCUCUCCGACUGGUACCGGUUUUUUCAGAUAGAAGCCAGGAAAUCCAGUCUUGCGUUGGUGGACUUUGGUGUCCCGCAGGGUUCUACAGUGGGAUAACUCAACCAUAACUUAUAAGUAGCCUGCGUAGCAGGUGCUUGGAUGCUACGCAUGUUAACUUAUACGUGGCCAACCUGCAAAAGUCCAUGCUACCAAUAGGCAGAUGAUACAGCCUUUUUUCUGCAAUAUGUUAAGGAAUUGUGCUGCGGAACUGAACCCUUCUAUCUCUAGUCAGCUGAUAACAACUUAGCUCUUAAUGCGUAGAAGACUAGGCGGGAAGAUAUCACCUAUUAAAUUAAUGUUGGACAUCAACUGUAAAGGAGAGGACCGUCCAUCCUCUUAGUUGCUUGGGACAGAUUUUAAGAGCACUUUAUAUGGAACGUACACAUCACUGGAACACUAGCAUCGUAAAUUGUUUUAGUAGUUAGUUAUGAUGAAAUUAUAAAUAUAAUUAGUUUGUUUUAAUUUAAGUUUAUAUUAUAAUUUUGUUUUCACGCCUUUGUUACGUUGCGCUUGGUUGUAUUAAUUUGAAUUGACAGGAUCAGAGAUGUACUAUGUAAAAAUUUGUGGUUUUGGCGAGGAGGCAGCUGGUGGAUGUACUGUAUAAGGUCUUUGUCAUCAUCAUUAUUUUUGCGCUUAUUAGUCACUAAAGUAGAGCACGACCACCUUGGUCUCCCUGUGCGCAUGGGACGCCUUGGAUUUACAGAUCCUGUAGUGACCUCAUCUUCUGAGUACAAGGCUUCAGUCAAAGUUACUAAUCCGCUCGUGAGACGAAUUGUUGAGCAAGGGCGCCAGCCUCCAGAUGCCUCAGAAAUUCGAACACUGCAACUGAGAAACAAAAACAAAAAGACGACUGUCUAAGUGAGAGACUAGAGCAGGCAAAGAACUCCCUGCCGACAAAAGCUAAGCGAGCUGUUGAGUUAGCUACAGAGAAGGAAUCCUCAAAUUGGCUGACCGUGAUUCCCCUCAAAGAGCUGGAUUACAAUCUGAAUAAGAAGGAUUUAGAGAUGCAACCUAGUUACGGUGUUACUGAGAAAUAUAGGACACGCCCAUGAUCUGAGCAUGCCGUGUUCAAUUUAGCGUGGAUCACGCAAUGUUGUGUCAGCGCGGCGGGUUCCUUAUCCAGCGCCAUGACGAACUGCGCGAAUCGGAAGCAGAGACGCCAAGGAUGGUCUGUAAUGAUGUGGAAGUAGAGCCGGUCCUUCAGGAGGUCACUGGGGAGACAUAAAAUCGUGGCGCUAACAAAGCCUCUGAUGCCCGUUUGGAUAUUCAUGCUCGAGGUUUUUGGGAGAGACAGAGAUCUGCAUUCUUCGACGUUAAGGUGUGUCACCCUAAUGCAGACUCUUGCAAAGACUUGACUCCUAAGCAGAUCUACAAGAUGCAUGAGAGCGAGAAGUGGCAGUAUGCGGAAAGAGUAAUGGAGAUCGAACAGGGAACGUUCACUCCCCAAGCAGGGGACGGGUAGUUCUCUUUUGUAAUGACUUAAUUUAAAACUCUGGACUGCCUGUAAGAGUUAUUGAUCUCAUCUGAUCCGCAAGGAAUGUAUUUGAGAAAUCGUCAUUGACACAGUGAUUGUAUUUGUAUGACUUAUAUAAUUCUUAAUGUUGUGUCGUACUUAAUUCUUACUUCAAAUAUUUCUGUAAAUUAUACACAUAUUUUUAAUUGAAUAAAAUUGUUAUUAUUAUCAUUAUUAGUAUUAUUAUCCUCAUCAUCGUUAAUAUGGGUAAUUUUGCCAAAUAUGAAUGAUCCUUUUAACCUAAAUAAAACUGUAAUUUAAUCAAAGGGCAAGUAAUUAGUUUAACUAUAUCCGGAUCUUGUUUACUGUGGUAAUGUCUACCGAGAUAUCGGUCGACAUAGCGGUUGUAACCUGAUAUUUAAUUCUACAAAUAGCAGCUUCAUCUUCAAAUCUUGGGAUACAAUAUAAAUGGCUUGUAAAAUAAAUAAAUGGAGGAAAAAAUAAACAAUAAACAAUCCUUUUAAAAGAAUCUUAGAUUUCAAAUAACAUUUAUUUAAUAAAAUACACUUGAAACGUUGCUGGUUCAUCUGUGAUUCACGUACAAUGAAAAUUAAUAAAAACAUCAUGAAUUCAAAGCACGAAAUUAUUCAGGUGUUAAAACUUUAUUUUAUAAGGGCAACAAUAUAAUGACUUUCUUGUUUGCUUAAAUAUUAAUAUAAUUUUUAUUUUUUAUAUUUGCAGAUAAGGGUGUAUCCACAACAACGCGCCUUAGUUGCUUGACACAUCCUCCUCCCACACGACCAAAAAUGACUACUAAAGUCACUGAAGUACCAAAAUUUCCAAACGAUACUACGGCUACAGGGAAACCAAUUAAAACUUGGAGGAGACGUCGUCCAAUGACUUGCAAUAUUUCUGAUGAAGUGGAUGUAGAUCCUGCAUCGACUGUCUUAGGAGGCAGCCACUCUGUAUUUCUUUAUCGUCCUUUUUGCUUGAUCAUGGUCUUCAUCUCCAGCCUUCGGUUCAUUUUUGAAACGCUGCAACAUUUCAUCGAUGGGUGAAAUGCAAUAUCAGUUUUUAGAUUUCUCCUUUUUUUAUAUAUACAUAUUUUAUUUUGAUUAUGCGGUAAAUCCUUAUCGCAUGAAUUGAAUUUCGGCAUACCCCAAGGCUCUGUGCUAGGCCCAGUCCUUUACCUUCUGUACACAUCACCUACGAUUGACCUGCACCCAUCCAAACCUCUUAUUUCAUUGGUCCCUAUAACCUGCACUACCUAUUGUUUUCAGGGAUAAGGGCAUUGUUAUGUCACCAACCCAAUUAUUUUUUACUUUUAGCCCAGACUGAUUAUAACAAGUCCUCAUGUUAAAUG